UCCAUCAAUAUCUAAUCAGUUUGGAUUUUUUUGUGAACAUUUAAGUUUAAUUUACAAAAUGUCUCGAUUCGCAGUCUGGACGAUUCUUCUCCUCGGUUUGGCAACAUUCCUGUCCCAAUCGGAACAAGUACUUGGUCAAGACGAUAACGGUGACGACGAGGCCGAUAACGAUGUUGACAAUGAUCUCGGGGAAGACGAUGCAGGUGAAGAUGAGCAAUCCGAAGAGCGAGAAAAACGCCAAUUUCGCCCCUCAUUUUGUGACACGUGUUUAGCCCAGCAGCGACGAGGUUUGAGGGUGGGUUGCAUUGGGUGUGGCUCGUUCAACAAUAAUAACAAUCGGAGAGAUUCCUAUGCCUGCCAAUCCUGUCUGGCGCAACAGAGGCGAGGCUUGUAUAUUAGGUGCCAGCCUGCCUGCGGAUCCUAAAAGAACUGCCUGUUGUUCAUAAUUCGGAUUAUGAAUUUGUAUAAAAUUGUGAGAAAAAAACUUGCGAAAUAAAUUUUCAUUCAGAAUUUUAGACAGAAUUAAA